UUCGGUUGGCCCAGGCCAUGUACUUUGCUCCACAUUUCGCAUAUAAAAGACCAAUUCACAAGCAAAGCAAAUCAAUGCAGUUUCAGUUACGAACCGAGAUGGCUUUUAGAUUUGUUGCUUUGGUUGCCUGUUUGUCUUGCGUGUCGGCCGGCAUUUUGCAGGCUGCGCCACUUGCUAUCGCCCCCAAAGCAGUUGAAGACUACGACCCCAACCCCCAGUACAGCUACGGAUAUGAUAUCCAGGAUAGUUUGACUGGGGACAGCAAGAGCCAGAGUGAGACUAGAAAUGGGGAUGUCGUGCAGGGCAGCUACUCCCUAGUGGACCCUGAUGGUCUGAGGAGGACCGUGGACUACACUGCGGAUCCAGUCAACGGUUUCAACGCAGUGGUGCGCAGAGAGCCAUUGGCAGUCAAAGUGGCCCAUGCCCCCGCCCCUGUCGCUUACGCUGCCGCCCCUCAGAUAGCCCGCGUUUCAUACGCAGCCGCCCCAUCAGUCGCAUACCCCACCCCUAUUGGCUACUCAGCAGCGCCAGCUGUCGCUAAGAUAGCUUACUCUUCCCCAGCCGUUUCUUACCACAUUUAAGUAGUCCAUGUUGAUAUUUAUUAAAUUUUAGCCAAAUAAUC